AUGAGCAGUGACGAUGAAACAUAUGAGGAAGAGAGGUUUCAAUGUGAACAUAUUAUUACGGAGAGUCACGAAAAAGCGGCCUAUGGCAUUAGUGUUUGUCAGCAAACAAUACCUGGUGAAAAUGAAGAAACAUUUUUAUUUGCUACAUGCGCUGUAAAUCAAAUUUGUAUCUACAAAUACGAUGUUGUCGAUAAAAAGUCAUCUGUUCAACUUAUUCAAAGUUAUUGUGAUUCGGAUGAAAAAGAAUAUUUUUACGAUUGUAAAUGGACAACGUUUGAAAAUAAUAUAAUAGUAGCAGCCGGUGGACUACGUGGUGUUGUUAGAAUUAUUGAUGUUGCUCAUAAAUGUCAUUUGAAACCGCUUCGUCAUUUGGGUAGUGUUAAUCAAAUUGCAUUCGCUAGCGGACGAUCAACAUUGAUGGCUUCAUGUUGUUCAAAUUACGCUGUUUUUUUAUGGGAUGCUGAAGCAGCUCUAUGUUUAGCUAAUUUUGUUGGACCUGAUCAACAUAUACAAGGAGUUCUUGCUGUGGAUAUCAAUCACGAAGGUACAUUCGUUGUAUCCGGUGGUUUAGAUAGUACCGUGUGUGUAUGGUCAACACAAGAAAAAGGAAUCAUUGAAAAUAUGGCUAUAGCUAAACUUGGACCUUUGUUUAGAGAAUUUAGACUAUCGCAGCCACAUCAUAUUUUUUUCCCGUUAUUUCAUUCAAGUACUAUGCAUGAACAUUAUGUAGAUUCUGUUAAAUGGUUUAGUGAUGAUAUUAUUGUUAGCAAGUCUGCCGAUCACGUUUAUUGUAUAUGGAAAUUUAAUGUUGGACAAAAAGAACCGAAUAUUUUAUUUCGAUGGCAUCGAUCGGAAAAGUCAGAUAUUGUCUUCGAUGUUCGAUUUGGCUUAUCAGUCUCUCGAAAGUUAAUGGGUAUUGGUCGCCUUGAUGGUUCAAUCUUUAUUUGGAAUAUCACAACACUUCCCAUUCAACCUAUUGUAUUAACACAUCGCGAUUCGAAAUCGAUGGUACGAAAUCUCGCGUUCACACACAACGGUCAUUCGUUUGUUGCGUGCAAUGAAAAUGGUCAAAUUUUUGUAUGGGCAUCCAUUUUAUCCUAG